AUGACCGUCGGUCCGUUUCCUACUAGAGACGGCCGUGAUCCGGACUCGGACGACGCGGAUCUCCGCCAAUCAGCUGUUUCAAUUCCUUCGGUCUUCUCCAAGACCUACGUCACGCCUAGAAGGCCGUACGAGAAAGCUCGUCUCGAUCAGGAAUUACGUAUUAUCGGAGAAUAUGGUCUCCGUAACAAACGUGAAGUAUGGAGGGUAAAGUAUACCCUGGCCAAGAUUCGUAAAGCCGCUCGUGAAUUGCUCACGUUGGAAGAGAAGGACCCAAAGCGUCUCUUCGAAGGAAAUGCCCUGCUUCGUCGUUUGGUAAGAAUUGGCGUGUUGAACGAAGCCCACAUGAAGCUCGAUUAUGUAUUGGGUCUAAAGAUUGAGGAUUUCUUGGAGCGACGUCUGCAGACCCAAGUAUUCAAGCUGGGUCUUGCUAAAUCUAUCCAUCAUGCCCGCGUGCUUAUUCGCCAACGGCAUAUUCGAGUGCGCAAGCAAGUGGUGAACAUCCCGUCGUUCAUCGUACGACUGGACUCGCAGAAGCACAUCGACUUCUCACUCAAGUCACCCUUCGGCGGUGGCAGACCCGGUCGUGUCAAGAGGAAGAAUUUGAGGAAAGGAAGCGGUGGUGCGGCACCAGAAGAAGAAGAAGAUUAA